CUCAGCAGCAGCGCGCACUCACUCACUCACGCGCGGAUCGCAGCGAGCGUCGCAUCGUGCCGCGCUUCUAAUUCCCGCGGAUGUCUAAUGAUAUAAACAUGUUCCUCUAGAUACUGACAGAAAGAAGAACACGACCGAGGCGUCAUUCAUCUAGCAGCAACAUGGAGGAGUUUAAAGUUCAGAGCGCCAAGCACCCCGUACCCAACAGUUCACCCAUGCGUCCGCACAGCGAGCACCCGAAAGAUCAGGCGGCCAAACGCCUGUCCUCCGCCUCCAACGGUACAAGCGACGGAGGAGCGGGAGCUAAAACACCUGUGGAGAUCACCGCGCUGGAGGAGUCCUUCCGCCGCUUCGCCAUCCACGGAGACACACGAGCCACCGGCAGAGACAUGAACGGCAAGAACUGGUCCAAACUGUGUAAAGACUGCGGCGUCAUCGAUGGCAAGAGCAUCACCCUCACAGACGUGGACAUAGUCUUCUCCAAAGUCAAGAACAAAUCUGCGCGCACGAUUACAUACAGCCAGUUCAAAGAAGCGCUGUUGGAGCUCGCCGGGAAACGCUUCAAAGAUAAGAGCAGCGAGGACGCCGCGCAAGAGCUUUACAAGAUGAUCGAAGGGAAAGCCCCCGUUAUAUCUGGAGUCACGAGAGCCGUGGCUUCCCCAACCGUGUCCCGUUUGACCGACACCACCAAGUUCACCGGGUCACACAAGGAGCGUUUCGACCAGACGGGCCGCGGGAAGGGCAAGGCGGGCCGAGUGGAAGUGGUAGAUAAGUCCGGAUACGUCUCUGGAUACAAGCACGCAGGCUCGUACGAGAAGAAAGUUACAAAAUCUCCACAAAAACCCAUGUGAGAUUCUCCAUGCAGCAACAGAAGACAAACCCGACUCUAUAAAGCACAAAUGGAUUUCCCAUCUUCCAUUCUCUGUGAAUAACCUCUUCCUGUAAGUGUUUGAUUUCUCUUAACUGGAACGCUGUUUACAUCGAACGCCGACGUCACCAGCUGGUACGUUCCUAACUAACACGAUGAUGAUGCCAAGAGAAGUGACUGCAGUGUUGCACGCUCUACUAGUGAAGGUUUCGCUGAUAAUCGUGAAUAUUGACAUGACAUUAAUAUCUGGCAUUAAUAUUUUGAUGCAAAUGCUUGAGUAAUGCUGUGCAAGUCCAAUGAUCCCACAACAUGUGCAACACAAAACUAAGACAUAAGAACAUUUUCCAUUUAUAUUUAAUGCAUUUGGCAGAUGCUUUUAUCCAAAGCCAAAUGCAUUGCAUUUCAAGUUUAAAUUGGAUCAGUUCAUGCAUUCAAUCCCAUGACUUAUUUAUUAUAAUUCAUCUAAAAAUAAAAACUUGCUGAAAAUGCACUCACCUUCAGACUGUCUGAGAUUAAGAGGAGUUUGUUUCUUCAUCAGGUUUGGAGAAAUGUAGCAUUGCAUCAGUGUCUCAUCAAUGGAUGCUCUGCAGUGAAUGGGUGCCGUCAGAAUGAGAGUCUGAUAACAACAUCACAAUAAUCCACAGCACUCCAGUCCUUGAGUUAAUGUAUUGUGAAGAGAAAAGCUGAAACAAAUCCAGCAUUAAGAAAUUUUGAUCUGUGCAGAUUUCUGUCCUGAUUCAGACCAGAACACUUUAUCACUGGAGGAAGUGUUAUUAUGGAUUAUUUGAGUUAAAAACAUCUUAAUGCUGGAUGUGUUUCAUCUUUUGUCAUCUCCAGAUGUUAACUGAUAAGUGCUGUGGAUUAUUGUGAUGUUUUUAUCAGACUCUCAUUCUGACGGCACCCAUUCACUGCAGAGCAUCCGCUGAUGAGACACUGAUGCAGUGCUACAUUUCUCCACAUCUGAUGAAGACACAAACUCGAUGGCCUGAGGAUGAGCACAUUUUCUGCAUCUAAUGCAUCAAAGGCUUAAAAAACUGACAUUGACAAAAACGCUGACGUUGUGUGCAUUUAAAUGUAAUAUAUUUUAAAAUAAGCAGAUGCAAAAGUCCAACCAUCGUGAAUUAUUGUUUCAUGCAUAAAGAACUGACGGCUGGUGCUCAAGAUUGUAUAUCUAGUAGUACGUUCUAUGUUUUGUUUUCUUCUUCAAUUGAUGGCAUAACUAUAUGUUUCUAAUGUUAUAUUCUGAAACACUGUGGAAUGAUUAACUAUUGUUUGUGAAAGGAAACACCAUCAGGAUUUGCUCUGGACUCAACACAUCACAAGACUCUCAGUGCAUCUGAACUGCAAGCUUUGGCUGAAUGAUGUUAACAUGCACAAUCAGACCCAGACAGAAUCUGCAGCGCUGAAUUAGGAAUCAACUGCAUGUUCAUUUAUGAAAUCUGAAAUCCCAUCUUUCUGCCUACUCUAAACUUUAUCAUCAGCACGGUAUUUGAAUCUGUUGUGCAGCAUUGAAGCCUGCAGACUGUGUCUGGGCCUGUUCAUCAGCAACAGAUCAAACUGCAGAUGAAAAUAUUAAAAGCUGUGGUUCUAGUUUGUUAUGUUUUAUAAAUGCAGUGUUUGUGUCUCCAGAACCAUGUUUAUCAGAGAAGUGAGAUGCUGGACUGACGCAGGCAUGAUAUAUGUCUAAACGAACACAUUCCCUUUACCGUGACUAGUGUUGGGAUGGAUUUCACCUGAACACACUGGAUGAGAUCCAACCUUCAGGGUUCCCACAGGAGAUUCACUAAUGAUUCACUAAUGAAUCAUUCAAACUGAUUCGUGAACCAACAAGAGUCAUGGCUUGCAGCAAACAUGUUUUACUCAAUGCAAGCACAAUAUUUAGUUCAUUUAAUAUUUUAAAACCGUGCAUAAUCUACAUUUAUUAUAUGCUUCUUUUUUUAAGCGGAAAAAACAAAUUCCCUAGAAUAGAUUUUUUUUUAUGUGAUGAACUGAUUUGUGAAUCGCUGAUUCACCAACAACAACAAAAAAGACUCAAAAGAAAAAUUCACUCACAAAUUAAGUUUUACUUGAGCCGAUGGAAUAUUUUAGAGCAUGGAGCAACACUUUUAAGACUCUUCCAGAUCUGAGAAAUCAUAUUUUAAUAACUCCCUGAUAUUGAUAUGAUGCUGGGAACCCUGAACUUUGAAAUAGAUGAUAUUGUCCGUGUCUUUGGAACGAAGAAAGGAGGACUGUACAGACAUAUUCUUCUACAGAACAUCUAUUUUCAGAUAAGAACAGUGGCUUAGGAUCAUAAAAGUGACUCGUGUUUAUGAUAACAAACAUAAGGAGGUAUACAUGUUGUUGUAUUUAACGUAUGAUUCAUGUUUUGUGUGUUAUACUGUUAACCAUCCGUUUUGAGGAACAAUACGGUCUUAUUUUUGAAAUAAUGUUUUUUAAUGUUCUGCAGUAUCCUGAUAUAUGCAUGCCAUACGGUGAUGGUAAAGUCAGUGUUUUGUAGCGUCGUAUUGAAUAAAAACAAACUGCCUGGUUCUUCUUUA